CAGCGGCUGCGGCGACGACGACGAAGGAGACGACGACGACGACGCGGGGAGAAGAGGAGUCGGCGGGCGCCGGAACGGUGGCCCGGGCCGGGCGGUCCCGGUGAUGGCGGUGUUGGACUUGGCCCAGGAGGGAAUGGCCGUUUUUGGGUUCUCCCUCUUUUGCGUGCUGUGGCUCAUGCAUUUCAUGUCUAUUAUCUACACACGUUUACAUCUCAACAAGAAGGCAACAGACAAACAGCCGUAUAGCAAACUCCCUGGCAUUACACUUCUGAAACCAUUGAAGGGUGUGGAUCCUAACUUAAUCAACAAUUUAGAAACAUUCUUUGAAUUGGAUUAUCCCAGAUAUGAAAUACUCCUUUGUGUACAAGAUCAUGAUGAUCCAGCUAUUGAUGUAUGUAAAAAGCUUCUUGGCAAAUACCCAAAUGUGGAUGCUAGACUGUUUAUAGGUGGGAAGAAGGUUGGGAUUAAUCCCAAAAUUAAUAAUUUAAUGCCAGGAUAUGAAGUUGCAAAAUAUGAUCUUAUAUGGAUUUGUGAUAGUGGAAUCAAAGUAAUUCCAGACACACUUACUGACAUGGUUAAUCAAAUGACAGAAAAAGUAGGCUUGGUUCAUGGUCUACCCUAUGUUGCAGACAGACAGGGUUUUGCUGCUACAUUAGAACAGGUAUAUUUUGGAACUUCACAUCCAAGGUCCUAUAUUUCAGCUAAUGUUACUGGGUUCAAAUGUGUGACAGGAAUGUCAUGUUUAAUGAGGAAGGAUGUAUUAGAUCAAGCUGGAGGGCUUAUUGCAUUUGCCCAAUACAUUGCUGAAGAUUAUUUUAUGGCCAAAGCAAUAGCUGACAGAGGUUGGAAGUUUGCAAUGGCCACUCAAGUUGCAAUGCAAAAUUCUGGGUCCUAUUCAAUUUCUCAGUUUCAAUCCAGAAUGAUCAGAUGGACCAAAUUACGAAUCAAUAUGCUGCCUGCAACAAUAAUUUGUGAACCAAUUUCUGAAUGCUUUGUUGCCAGUUUAAUUAUUGGAUGGGCAGCUCACCAUGUAUUUCGAUGGGAUAUCAUGGUAUUUUUCAUGUGUCAUUGCCUGGCCUGGUUUAUAUUUGACUAUAUUCAACUCAGGGGUGUCCAGGGUGGCGCUCUAUGUUUUUCAAAACUUGAUUAUGCAGUAGCUUGGUUCAUCCGAGAAUCCAUGACAAUAUACAUUUUCCUAUCGGCAUUGUGGGACCCUACUAUAAGCUGGCGAACAGGACGCUACAGAUUACGCUGUGGAGGCACGGCAGAGGAAAUCCUUGACGUAUAACCACAGCUUUGUGACUGUAUUUAAGAAAAUAAAAAAAAAAAAAAAAAGAAAAAAAGAGAAGUAUUAUAAAUUAUGUUUAUAUAAAUGCUUUAAAAAUCUACCUUCAAUAGUUUUAUUACUUGUAUGUUUUGGUAUCUGUUCUUUAAUUUAUUUUGCAUGGCACUUGCAUCUGUGAAAAAGAAAAAAAAUAACGUGUCAUCUUGGCCAACUGGUACCUUGUUUUGUACAAAUAAAGAAUCAAGAGAAUUGGUUCCAAGGACCCUUUAAAUAAGAGAGGAACAUAUAAUUGCUCUGCAGCAAACACUAUGAAAGUAUCCUUCAGUAGAGAAAGUUUCUAAUUGGCAGUAGACGAAUCUGGUAAAUAUAUGGGAUGAAAUCAUCUUUGGCCCACUGAGUAGCAAAGGACUAGAUGGUAAUUUUAUGCCUAUAUGGAGUGUUUAAUAUCAUUGUGCAAUAGUUCACAGUGAGAGACUGAUUAGUGGAGAAAACUUUUUCAUGCUUUAUGACUACCUCUUGUAGUUGCUGCAGAGCAAAUAUAAAUUAGGUAACUAGGCCUUGCAAAAGCAAAUAAGAAAAACUUAAAAAAAAAAAAAAAA